CAAAGCAGACAGAUCAGGGGGACAUUCUGGACCACGAUGAACACGUGAAGUAGUUUUAUUUUAUAAAGAAAAGGUUUGCUUCUAAUAAUCCAGCUGACUGGUUCAACUUGUGAUUUUAGUUUUCAGCUUAUUUCCAGAAUGAUUUGUGGAUAAAGAGUGAAACGUGUUGCUUACAACUGCAGCCAUGGAGUUAUUCAAGCAGCAGGAUGUGGAGGAUUUCUAUGAGAUUGGAGAAGAACUGGGCAGCGGCCAGUUUGCCAUCGUGAAGCAAUGCAGAGAGAGAAGCUCGGGUCUGGACUACGCCGCCAAGUUCAUCAAGAAGCGGCAGAGCCUGGCGAGCUCCCGGGGAGUCCGGCGGGAGGACAUCCAGCGGGAGGUGACCAUCCUGCAGCAGGUCCAGCAUCCCAACAUCGUCACUCUGCAUGACGUCUACGAGAACCGCACGGACGUGGUGCUCAUCCUGGAGCUGGUCUCUGGCGGUGAGCUCUUUGACUUCCUGGCCCAGAAGGAGUCUCUGACAGAGGAGGAGGCCACUCAGUUCAUCCAGCAGAUCCUGGAAGGAGUGAACUACCUCCACACCAGGAAGAUCGGCCACUUUGACCUGAAGCCAGAAAACAUAAUGCUGCUGGAUAAGAACGUGGCGCUGCCCAGGAUCAAGCUCAUUGACUUCGGCCUCGCCCACACCAUCGAAGCCGGGGUCGAGUUCAAGAACAUCUUGGGAACGCCGGAGUUCGUAGCUCCAGAGAUUGUGAACUACGAGCCGCUGGGGCUGGAGGCGGACAUGUGGAGCGUCGGAGUGAUCACCUACAUCCUGCUGAGCGGGGCGUCUCCAUUCCUGGGGGAGACCAAGCAGGACACGCUGGGGAACAUCUCCGCUGUCAACUACGAGUUCGAUGAGGAGUUCUUCGGUCACACCAGCGACCUGGCCAAGAAGUUCAUCAGCCAGCUGCUGGAGAAAGACAAGCGGAAGAGGUUAACAAUUCAGGAUGCUCUCAACCACCCGUGGAUUAAGGUAAUCCGUCAUCCAGAAGCUUGGCACCAUCAGGAGCCAAAGAAACGGGAACGCCGCCAGCUGAAGACCAAACGUCUGAGGGAAUACACCAUCAAGUGCCACUCCAGCAUGCCGCCCAACAACACCUACGUGAACUUUGAGCGCUUUGCUCAGGUGGUGGAGGACAUCGACCAGAUGGAGGGCUCGUUCUUCAGCCUGGCGGCGGCCCACGACUCCCUGCAGGAGGACAUCGACGCCUUGGUCUCCAUAUACAACGAAAAGGAGGCCUGGUACAAGGAGGAGAGCGAGGCCGUGCGGCACGAGCUCUCCCAGAUCCGCUACGAGUUCCGGAAGGUGGAGGCGUCCAAGAGGAGCCUGCAGGACGACAUGCAGACCUUCAGCUGCGGCCUGGCCGCCGUCAGCGAGCGCUUCCAGGAGAGGCAGGGCCACUUCGACGCCCUGCAGCUGGAGCUCAGCAACGAGCUGAAGUGGGUGCAGGAGGCGGUGGGCUCCCUCCCAGCAAACGGAGGAGGUGGAGGCUACCCCUCCUGCAGCUUCACCACCGUCUUCAACAACGACGUGAACGAAGCUCUCAAGGAGCUGCUCAGCCGCUCCUGUGGAGGAGAACUGCUGUCCGGAAUCAACCUGGACCUCACCGAGACCGGGCAGCAGCGCUAAAAACACCGAUCCGGGUCUGGGAGGAGGUUGGGUCCAGAGUCCUUCCUUCUUUCUUUUUUUUCUUCCUUAUUAUUUUUUAUUGUAUAAUGGACUCAGUGGAUCCAGAACUGUGUGAAGUUGGGUCUGAUUUUGGGUGGAACCUUCAGUGGAACAUGUAGGACCUCUGAUGAUGUGACGCACUUCGGCCUCAUGCUGAGGUUGUGACAUCAUCACGCUCUUGCUGCUCUGCAGCACUCCGGUCCAUCACUUCUGAUCCUGCCUCGCCUCUACUUUCACUAAUGACCACACUAAGAGGCUGCGGCCCGCUGGGCCUUCCUCAGAACCUCUGGGAAUCAGAACCACAGAUCCAAACAGGAUAGCAGACUGUUGGCUAGGCUCAUUCCCAGGAAUGCAGCAGGAAAUGCUAUGGUCUAGUUAAAGUGUUCAGCAGAAGGAGAACUUGUGGUUUCCAUCAGUUACUGCAGGGAAAACAUGUUCAAACGUCAACAGGAGCUUCUGUCCCCUUUAAAGAACAGGGAGACACGCUGGAGGUUCCUUAAGGUCAGAUUCGAAGAGCAUGUAGCCAUGAUGCUAAUGCUAACAAACACUCCGUCAGCUAAUGCUAACAAUCAGACUGUCAGUUAACGCUAACAAACACUGCCAGCUAACGCUAACAAUCAGACUGUCAGCUAAUGCUAAUAAACACUCUGCCAGCUGAAACCUCCAUAAUACUGACUAAGUCCUCUACUGCAGAAGAAGCAGGUUGUGACUUUAACUGAAACAGCUGCAGAAUAACAGAGUUUAAACUUAGCAACGCUGCUGCCAGUCACACUUCAAUGAGCCGUGUUGUUCCUCUAUUCUGGAGGACCGAUUGGGUCCGGAAGCUUCUUCUUCUUUCCUAUUUUUAUGGCGGUUGGCAAACAACUUAUAGGUGCAUUACCGCCACCUUCCAGAUUGGAGUAUGGAUCAGACGUUUAACAAGAGUAAUUAAUUUCCCCUGAUUGAUUGUAAAUAAAAGUAAACAUGGAUGUCAAUAACUAUAAUAACUGUGAGACAAUAAUCCUCAGAUUUUUCUCUAAAUGAUUGUUUUCGACCAGCUGAAGCGCUCUUCCUCACCCAGUGAUCCUUAAUGAAAAUGAAACCCCCAAAAUAGCAAGACGGGCUGCAGAGAUACGGUCGUAAAUGUUUCUGAGGCCGGGCUUCUCUGGGUCUGGGCCGGCCUGAUAACCACUGGAGCGUCUCGUCGUUGCGUCAGCCGGGACUCGACCCGUUUGGGUUGCAUUGUGCUGCUCUGAAUGAGCUUCAGAAACACAGAUGGCUUAACGUUUUCACUCCCCUCAUUCAUAUUUCAACCACAAACUUCAACAUCUUUCAUUAGGAUUAGAUGACAGACCAAAACAAAGUCAAACAGUUCCUGACUUACGAGAAAUAAAAGUCUAAAAGCAACACAUGGUGGUGGCAGCAUUAUGCUGUGGGGAUCAGCAGGCUGGGCGGUUAUGUGAUGGUUUAAAGCCGAGUAAAUUCACCCUUUGCUUCCCAAUAAGAUCUUCAGUCUGUUAGAGUUAAAUCUGUUGAAAUCAGUAAUUAACCAAUCGGGUGACAAAUUAAAUAGUUUUCAUUCUGAUGGCUAAUAUUAAAUAGUUUUGGUUGUGUGUGGUUUUUAUUUCCAUUUUAUUUAUUGUUCUUGGCUUUUGUAUUUUAUUUUUGGAUGUUUAAAAUAUCUUCCAGUCCAGUCUGAGGUGUUCUUUUCAAAAUAAAAGUUUAUUAGUCUUUGAGAGGGCAAAAUUUCAUUAUUAACAAUAUAUUACUUGAAAAUGAUGUAAAAAAUAUUAUUAUUAUUUGUCAUAGUAAUUUAUAGGAAGUUUACUGCAUUAAACUAUAGUUUUUAAAAAUAUAUAGAAGAUAAGUAGUGUUUGCUGCCAGAAUAACAUCAUAUUUUAUUGUUCAGUUUCUAACGUGAGAAAUAGAAAUAAAUACUGAGGGAGAGCUAUGGAGCUAAAUUGGGGCCAUAAACAGUGGCAACCCCAGAAGGUUUUCCACAUGGUUGACCAGACCAGUUCAGUAAACAUUUACAGGGGGCACAACUAAAACAUAAUCAUCUGAUUUUAUUCAUUUUUGUUAAUUUAAUUAAUGACUUUUACUUUUAUGUUUCCACUGAAGAAGAUGACUCUGUAUGCCUUUCUAUGACAUGAACAUAAUUCUGUGGGGAAAAUGAAACAGAAAA